UUAUCCAUAGUAUCAGCUCAGCUGUCGUUUGUCAAGUAAGCUAAUUAAUAUUUUCCCGUCCGUCGCCUUCUGAAAUUUGUUUGAAAUACAACCAUGUAGGCAUGAUAAUUAUACUUGACCUAGAUUACAAGCAGUGUGUAACAAACUUGUUCACUGUCUAAGUGUGUAUCAUCAAGAGUUGAUAAAGCUUUUAAUUUUUGUAGUUCUCAACGAUAAGGCCUCACUGCAACAUUACAGAUCACUGGAAAGACUUACUACGUGGUUGCACUGACCGUGACAUAGUUUUGCAGCAUUUUAAUCAUAGCAUGAUAUGGCUGAAGCGGACACGGCGGAAAAUAAUCAAGAAGCAGUGACACCAACUCUUGAUAUUGCAGCAUUCGUUGCAGACACAGCAGAGCUGCAGCAGAAACUGCGUGUGUUCGGUUUCUUGUGGCUUGCAACAGAAUAUGUUUUGAGUUGGAAAUCGCCCUGGAUCUCCGUACUGGCAUUGGUGCUUGUUGAAGUGAUCUGUGUGUGGCCAACACUUCUGCCUUUUCUAGUACUGCUGGCAGUAUGCGCCUUGUUUGGCAGACGGUUUCUUCCUAUCCCAUUGGAAAAACGUGUCACCAGUCGCUACCCUGCUGCUCAGAUCUACACAGCAAAUGAAGAUGAUGCAGCACUGGCUCGACAAGAUGCAGCGGCAAAGCAUCGUACUGAAAUCCUGCAGCAGUAUCGUGUAAAUUUAAUUCUUAUACACGCUCACUUCUCCAACGCUCUGAGCUUUAUUCUAGCAGUUGACAGACUGCUGUUGUGGGAGGACAAAGCUUCCUCAAGAAGAUGGCUGUGCGUAACCAUUGUUGUUUUGAUGGCAAUGAUUGUGUUGCCAUGGCAAUACAUAUGUGGCGUCGCCGUAGCAUUUGUGUUUCUCUACAACUCGGCAUUCUUUGCACUGUUACGAAGAAAACGUGGAGCACCACCAUCUACCAAAGAGAUAACAGCUUCUGCUGACAACGAAUCACCGGUCAAUGGCACACAAAACAGUGAAAACGUGCCUGGUGAGCCGACUGCAAUCAGUGAACAGCCUGACUCAGCUGCUGCUGCGGAGAAUUCUGACAAUGGUGAUGAUGAGAAUAGCUCGGCAUCGGCUAAUAUUCCUGCAGCGUCCUCUGUAGGGAAGCCAGGCGUAGUCAGUAGACUUAAGGCAUUACGGCAGCGGCGGAAAAUCACGAAAGAAAGUCUAUGUGCAGGUUGUCUCGUUUCACUGUCGGGAAUUUUACGUAAACGGUGUUACUGUCGGCACUGUGGUCAAGAUUUCUGUGCAACUUGCUGCAACAAGGAAGUACCGCGUGCCUUCCUUGGGGCCACGGCCCCAGCAGCGAAGACGGAGACUGUACUGGUAUGCCAUACAUGCCAUGAGUUCUUGACAACACACAGUCAAAGCCCUGCACAACAGCGUGCACGGUCCCGUUCAGCACAUGCUGCUAUUGACAGCACCGCACCGCCGCCACCGGUGCCAGCAACGGAUGCGAGUAAUAGCUAGGUGAUACUGUCGGCGCCUGCAGAUACUAGUGCCGGAGUGAUAGCUAGGUGAUACUGUCGGUGCCUGCAGCUACUCUAGUGCCGGAGUGAUAGCCGGCAUGGAGCUUGUCUGUGCCGGGUGCUGUAGUGACCACAGUGUACUGUCUGAGUGUCUCAGCGGUGUGUGUGUGUGUGUGUGUGUGUGUGUGUGUGUGUGUGUGUGUGUGUGCGUGCGUGUUCAUGUGUCUGUGUGCAGUAUAUGUGCAUAAUUUAUGGCAAUAUAUCCAAUAGUGUGCCUCUCUGUGACAUCCAAUAUUUACCAGCAGCAGCAGUGAACAUUUUCGCUCUGUCUUACUCUUCAAGAUUUUACACUGCUGUACAUACUUCUUUUUUUUAAAUGAUGCAUUACAACAUUACAACAUACCCACGGAGAGUGCUGUUUCAUUAAUCAUUGUGCUGUAAAGUUGACGACACGGACAAAUUUCAAACUGGAGACUACUCAUGCUGCAUGUUAUCUUAUGAAACUAUGCUUGAUUUUCACAAUGAUACAGAAAUCUUAUUCUUGACUUUCAAGGUUUUUUCCCUGAUUUGUUCCAAUGUGCACUAGAGAACCAUAGAAACUGAAACUUUUAACAAAGUGAUUUUGA